ACUAAUCAAUACUAGUUAAGUUAAAAAUUAAGCUCAUUCUUCGUUGCAUUAUUAUAUAAAACCCUCUCUCGCCUCCUCUUUAGUAUUCAUUCUCCACUUUCUCCUCUUCUUAGCUCUCGCUCAUAUCACUCUCUAUCUUUUGCCCUAGCUAACUUGUUUUCUUCUUCUUUUUUUCUCAAUCCGCUUCACAUCAGUGCAUCCUCAGAAUUAAUGGCUUUUUCUAUUGAUUUUUUGCUGGGGUUUCGAUGAAUCGCCAUUUUCUGAAAUUAUGAUUGAUGCUCAUGGAUGAGAGUCUUAAGGAUGUGUCUCGCCUUCUCAGUGGUAAACUGGUGAGUCGAGAUAAGUUCUGAUGACGGUUUUACUACGGGGAUGCCGUGGUUAACUAAACUGGAGACUGUCAGGUUCGCUCGAGUUGUCUCUCAUGUCUAGACCAUUUGUGAGAAGGGAUUUUUGUUUGCACCAUUCACCCCCGCCUUUCUCUAAGAUAUGCAAUAAGUAUUAUUCUCACUUGAGAAAAAACAGUCUUAUAUUUUAGAUGCUUUUUUUUGUUCACCAAAACGUUAAGAAACCAGGUGACCAUCUCCCUAAAACCAUCCAAAAUGAAAGGUCUAGUCGUCUAGAGGCUAAUCUGUAGGUCACAGCCAUUAGAGCCGCGUCCACCUCUAGAUUAAAGUCUGUUACUUCUUCCAUCAAAAUCUGAUCCUUGAAGAUUUACGUACAUAAGUAAGUAGACAGAGUGCAUACAUAACAUGUUCAUUAAUAUUUCCUCCUAACCAGAUAAAAUCAUUUACACUUUGGAUGCCAAACUUAUGUCUAGAGUUAUAGAGUUAUCAAUAUUAACUAAGAAUUUAUAUCUUGCACUACUUAGCUACACUAGUUUACUUGAUAAUAAUUUGGGAAGUGGGGGAGAGGGGGGGGAGGUGUUGUAUUAUUCCCUUCUCAUUCGAUGGUCUAGAUGUGCGAGGUGACUCUCCUGGAGGUGAAGAGAAAUGGUGAUUUUGUAGGAAGCAUCCACACCACAAUGGUAUUUCCUAAAAAGGUUAGAAUAUUUUCGGCUUGUGAAACUAUUGUAUUGUUAGAUUUUGGACCAGUGAUCUGCUCUAAUGAAACACAUGUGAUACUUCCGAGUAUAGUUGUGUGAGCUUUUUUUUUCUCAGGUUGAGUGUAACAUCAUGCCAUAAUUCAAACGCAGAAGCAAUAUCAAUGAUUUUCUUGCUAGAACUAAUGAAAUUAGAAAACGGAUAAAAAAUCAAAAGUGCGUUAAUCGAUGAAGGAGGAGAGUGAACGAAAGUUUACCUUUUUGGCUAGAUGUCACUAAUUUUCUCUCCUUCAUCCAUUUCAUGCCGCGACAGAAAAGACCAAAGGGAAUGGGUGUGUUUACAUGACGUAACGCCAAGUAUUUAGAGAUUGCUUGUAAAUUCAUACGUACUAGUACUCGGUAGAUUCUAUUUACAAAUGAAAGUAUGUAUCUAACUACGAUCAGCAAACGGAAAAUAUGAAUAUAAUUACUUUUUGAAAAAUGGAUUGUAUUAGCAUUAAACAGGUAUUAUUAAGUGAUGUGACAGUCAGUGGGGCCAUUGUUUCCACUAACAUAUCAUUCAUGAAAACCAUGUUCUCAAUAGACGUGUACUUUGGGUAUACGGAUGUAAUGCGUGUGAAGAUUCCACCAACCCAUCAAUGAAGUGCAAUAAUAUGUAGAUAUGCAAGUACUUCCCACAAAAGCAAAACUAAAAGAAGCUCGAAACUUAAAGAUAACACUUGUCUAAUCUUGAAGAUGAAUCAAAGCAUCUUUUACAAGUUGAAGAUAAAUCAAAGCUAUCCGAUCCACAGAUUAUCUAUUUACAUAAGCCUCGACCUCAUAUAUCCCACAACACAUACGAAAGAAAGACAACGAGAGAAAGUGAUGUCGGAACCAGCUUCUGUUCAGUUGGAUAUCAAAGACAACCAUGUGGUGCUGAAAAAUGGUAUAGUCGAAGUGACCAUAUCAAAACCAGAUGGUUUUGUCACUGGAAUCUCUUACCAUGGUGUCAACAAUCUACUAGAAAGUCACAAUGAAGACUAUGACCGAGGGUACUGGGACCUUGUUUGGAGCGAGUAUGGAACGCCUGGAACCACAGGGAACUCCGAGCGGAUCAAAGGCACAAGUUUUGAAGUAGUAGUGGAAAAUGAGGAACUGGUAGAGAUUUCCUUCACAAGGAAAUGGGAUUCUUCUCUCCAAGACCAUAUUGCUCCCAUUAAUGUCGACAAGAGGUUCAUAAUGCGUAAAGAUAUAAGUGGAUUCUACUCAUACGGAAUAUUCGAGCAUCUAGCUGAAUGGCCAGCUUUUAACUUGCCUCAGACAAGGAUUGUUUACAAGCUUCGUAAAGACAAGUUUCGAUAUAUGGCAGUUGCUGAUAACAGGCAGAGGAGAAUGCCUCUUCCAGAAGAUAGAUUGGGUAAGAGAGGAAGACCUUUGGCUUAUCCUGAAGCUGUUCUUCUUGUUCAUCCUGUUGAGGAAGAGUUCAAAGGAGAGGUUGAUGACAAGUAUGAGUAUUCAUGUGAGAACCAAGAUCUUAAAGUGCAUGGAUGGAUCUCCCAUAACCUUGAUUUGGGUUGCUGGCAGAUCAUUCCUAGCAAUGAGUUUAGAUCAGGUGGCUUGUUGAAACAGAACCUUACUUCUCACGUUGGUCCAAUCAGUCUCGCUAUGUUUAUAAGUGCUCACUAUGCGGGUGAGGACAUGGUGAUGAAGGUAAAAGCAGGGGAGUCAUGGAAGAAAGUGUUUGGUCCUGUUUUUACUUACCUCAAUUGUUUGCCUGACCAAACAUCUGAUCCUCUAUCGCUAUGGCAAGACGCUAAAAACCAGAUGUUAAUUGAAGUCCAAAGCUGGCCUUACAGCUUCCCUGCUUCAGAAGACUUUGCAUUGCCUGACAAGCGUGGUUGCAUCAGCGGUAGAUUACUAGUACGAGACAAGUUGCUUAGUGAUGAACUUUUACCAGCAAAUGGAGCUUUCAUAGGUUUGGCUCCACCAGGAGAGGUUGGAUCUUGGCAAACAGAAUCUAAGGGAUAUCAGUUCUGGACAGAAGCAGAUGCAGAUGGUUAUUUCACCAUAAAUAAUAUCCUAGAAGGUGAAUACAAUCUCAAUGCUUAUGUGACAGGAUGGAUUGGAGACUAUCAAUACGAACAACUGGUUACCAUUACUGCAGGAUGCAACAUUGACGUAAGCAGUAUCGUGUAUGAACCGCCCCGAGAUGGGCCAACUGUUUGGGAGAUAGGAAUCCCUGACCGGUCUGCAGCUGAGUUCUUUGUUCCAGACCCAAAUCCCAAAUACAUCAAUAAACUAUAUAUUGGUCAUCCUGACAGGUUUAGGCAAUACGGGCUAUGGGAAAGAUACACAGAACUAUAUCCUAAGGAAGACUUGGUGUUCACCAUUGGCGUCAGUGAUUACAAAAAAGAUUGGUUCUUUGCACACGUUACUAGGAAAACAGGAGAUGACACAUAUGAAAAAACGACAUGGCAAAUCAAAUUCAAGCUCGAGAAGGUGCAGGAAAACAGCACAUACAAACUUAGGAUCGCACUAGCAACCGCAAAUGUAGCGGAAUUACAGCUGAGGAUGAACGAGGAUGAGAGUGAAAAGAGUUUGAUUUUCACAACUGGCGUAAUAGGACACGACAACACGAUCGCAAGGCAUGGGAUACAUGGACUCUAUAGACUUUAUAAUGUGGAUGUACCAAGUGAGAAGCUUGUAGAAGGAGACAACACUUUGUUCUUGACACAAGCCAUGACCACCAUUGGAGCUUUUAAUGGUCUCAUGUAUGACUAUAUCCGCCUUGAAGAGCCUUGUUUAGCUUCGAACUUUCACUAAAUUGUGCUUUUGUGUGUUUAUUUAAGCAUGGGUGUUUGUAAUGGAUUUCAUAAGUAACGUCUUUUUUUGUUUGAAACACUCA